AUGGUCCAACCUGUGAUCAUUAAGGAGAACAGGACUCAGAACAACUUCCCCAGGCUGCAGCAGUGUCAGAACACAGGACCCGUACAAAAGCAAACCAUCAUCUCUGACUUCCUGCUCCUGGGCUUCUCUGAGCACCCAGAGCAGCAACCUCUCCUGUUUGGGCUCUUCCUGGGCAUGUACCUGGUCACUCUGCUGGGCAACCUGCUCAUCAUCCUGGCCAUUGGCUCUGACCCCCACCUCCACACACCCAUGUACUUCUUCCUGGCCAACCUGUCCUUCAUCGAUACCUGCUUCACCUGCACCAUCGUCCCCAAGGUGCUGGUGAACAUCCACACGCAGCAGCACACCAUCUCCCACACUGGGUGCCUCCUGCAGAUGUACUACUUCAUGGCACUGGCCCUGCUGGAUGACUUCCUGCUGGCCAUCAUGGCCUAUGACCGCUACACGGCCAUCUGCCUUCCUCUGUACUACACCACUGUCAUGUGUCCCCAGUUGUUGGUGGCCAUGUCCUGGCUCUGCUCCAUCCUCCUGGCCUUUUCAGCAGAUUUUGGAAUGGUGGCAUCUGUGAUAUACACAGUGGUCACCUCUAUGCUAAGCCCCUUUAUCUACAGCUUGAGGAACAAGGAUAUAAAAUGGACUUUAUGA